AGAUGGCGGCUUACGGUCGCCCCGAGCUGCAGCUGCUGCUCUUAACGUUAGUGUGUCUCUGCGGUUUCGGCUCCGUUGUCGGACUGAAAGUUGCAGGCGGCCCGGCUGAGCCGCCCAACGUGCCCGUCCUCGGAGCUGCUGACGCCGCAGUCCAGGAUGCACCUGCUGCCGUCGCCGCUGCUGGGGCCUCGCCGCCUCGAAGGGCGACUGGUUGGAAGCUGUCGGAGGAGGAGGCCUGCCGGGAGGACUUGACCCGGCUCUGCCCCAAACACACCUGGACCAACAACCUGGCCGUACUGGAGUGCUUGCAGGACCGCAGAGAGGAAACUGAGCUUGGUCCCGAUUGUAACCAUCUUCUGUGGAACUACAAACUCAAUCUGACCACAGAUCCCAAGUUUGAGUCGGUGGCAAUGGAAGUUUGCAAAAGCACCAUCACUGAGAUAAAGGAGUGUAAUGAGGAGGAGCGAGGCAGGGGCUACCUGGUGUCCUGUCUGGUGGAUCACCGUGGCAACAUCAGCGACUACCAGUGUAACCAGUACAUCACCAAGAUGACCAGUAUCAUCUUCAGUGACUACCGACUGAUCUGUGGCUUCAUGGUCAAAUGUAAAGAAGACAUCAAUAACUUGCACUGUGGCAGCAUCAAUGUAGGACACAAGGACGUGCACUCUCAGGGUGAAGUGAUUGCCUGUCUGGAGAAGGCGAUGGUGCGAGAGGCAGAGCAGCAGGAUCAGGGUCAUCCAAUCAAAGAGGUGUGUCAGAGGGCAAUCCUGCGGGUGGCCGAGCUGUCGUCGGACGACUUCCACCUCGACCGGCAUCUUUACUUCUCCUGCCGAGACGACAGAGAGAGAUUCUGCCAGAAUGUUCAGGCAUCAGAAGGCAAAGUCUACAAGUGUUUGUUCAAUCACAAGUUUGAAGAGGCCAUGUCAGAGAAGUGCCGCGACGCUCUCACAACCCGUCAGAAGCUCAUCUCUCAGGACUACAGAGUCAGUUACUCCCUGGCUAAAGCCUGCAAACUGGACCUGAGGAAGCAUCGCUGCAGCCUGGACACCAACCUGCCGCGAGCCCGCGAGGCUCGGCUGUCGUACCUGUUGCUCUGCCUGGAGGCUGCUGUGCACCGUGGUCGUCCAGUCAGCGGCGAGUGUCAGGGCGAGAUGCUGGAUUACCGGCGGAUGCUGAUGGAGGAUUUCUCUCUGAGUCCAGAGAUUGUGCUUCACUGUCGGACGGAGAUCGAGGCUCACUGCUCGGGUCUGCACCGCAAAGGCCGCACGCUUCAUUGCUUGAUGAAAAUCGGACGCGGCGACCACAGCACUGCCGUGGACAGCGUCUGUCAAAGCGCACUGAAGACUUUGAUCCAGUCUGCUGACCCCGGAGCCGACUACAGGAUUGACCGUGCGCUCAACGAAGCCUGUGAGUCUGUGAUCCAGACGGCCUGUAAACACAUCCGCACUGGAGACCCAAUGAUCUUGUCAUGUCUGAUGGAGCAUCUGUACACAGACAAGAUGGUGGAGGACUGUGAGCAUCGACUGCUGGAGCUGCAGUAUUUCAUAUCCAGAGACUGGAAACUGGACCCCAUCCUGUACAAGAAGUGUCAGGGCGACGCUGCUCGGCUCUGCCACACCCACAGCUGGAAUGAGACCAGUGAGCUGAUGCCUCCGGGCGCAGUAUUUUCCUGCCUCUACCGUCACGCCUAUCGCACUGAGGAGCAGGGACGCCGGGUAAAGCCAGAGGAACCGUUAUCACGAGAGUGUAAGGUGGAGGUUCAGAGGAUUCUCCACCAGAGGGCGCUGGAUGUGAAGUUGGACCCCGAGCUUCAGAAACGCUGUAUGACCGACCUCGGCAAGUGGUGCAGCGAGAAGACGGACACAGGACAGGAGCUGGAGUGUCUGCAGGACCAUCUGGAGGACCUGGUGUCUGCCUGCAGGGACGUCGUUGGCAACCUGACAGAGCUGGAGUCAGAGGACAUCCAAAUCGAUGCUCUGCUCAUCAGAGCCUGUGAGCCCAUCAUCCAGACCCACUGUCAUGAUGUAGCCGAUAACCAGAUCGAUACCGGCGAUCUGUUGGAGUGUCUGGUUCAGAAUAAGCACCAGAAAGAGAUGAAUGACAAGUGCUUAGUCGGUGUUACACACUUCCAGCUGAUUCAAAUGAAGGAUUUCAGAUUCUCCUAUAAAUUUAAGAUGUCCUGUAAGGAGGACGUUUUGCGCUUAUGUCCAAACAUUAAGAAAAAGGUGGACGUGGUCAUCUGCCUCAGCACCACGGUGAGGAACGACACGCUGCAGGACGCCAGGGAGCAGCGGGUUUCUCUGAAGUGUCGUAAACAGCUAAGGGUGGAGGAGCUGGAGAUGUCUGAAGACAUUCGCUUGGACCCAGAGUUGUAUGAGCCGUGUAGAUCUGACAUCAGUCGCUUUUGUCCCAACAUGAACUUUGGUAACGCUCAGAUGAUCGAGUGUCUGAAGGACCAGAAGAAGCAGCUGAGUCAGCGUUGUCACCAGCGGAUCUUCAGGCUUCAGGAGGGAGAGAUGAACGAUCCAGAGCUCGACUACCAGCUCAUGAGAGUCUGCAAGCAGAUGAUUAAGCGCUUCUGCACCGAGGCGGACGCCCGGAACGUUCUUCAGUGUCUGAAACAGAACAAAAACAGCGAGCUGAUGGACCCCAAGUGUAAACAGAUGAUCACUAAGAGACAGAUCACACAGAACACAGACUUCAGGUUGAACCCGGUGCUGAGAAAAGCCUGUCGGGCCGACAUCCCCAAGUUCUGCCAGUCCCUCCUGAACAAGGCGAGUGAGGACACUGAACUGGAGGGUCAGGUCAUCGCCUGCCUCAAACUCAAAUACGCUGACCAGAGAUUGUCUACAGACUGUGAAGACCAAAUCAGAGUGAUUCUCCAGGAGUCGGCGUUGGACUACAGACUGGACCCUCAGCUGCAGAUGCACUGCUCAGAUGAGAUCUCUAAGUUGUGUGUGGAGGAGGCAGCAGCUCAGGAGCAGACCGGGCAGGUGGAAGAGUGUCUUAAAGUCAACCUGCUGAAAAUCAAACAGGACGUCUGUAAAAAGGAAGUCCUGAAUAUGCUGAAGGAGAGUAAGGCGGACAUCUUUGUGGACCCGGUCCUUCACACCGCCUGUGCUCUGGACCUCAAACACCACUGUGCUGCUAUCACACCUGGCAGAGGGCGACAGAUGUCGUGUCUGAUGGAGGCGUUACAGGACAAGAGAGUUCGUUUGCAGCCGGAGUGUAAGAAAAGACUUCAAGACCGCAUCGACAUGUGGAGCUAUGCCGCAAAGGUGGCGCCAGCAGAAGGCUUCUCAGACCUGGCUGUGCAGGUGAUGACGUCGCCCUCAAAGAACUACAUCCUGCUCAUGAUUGCACUGAGCUUGUGCAUCCUCUUCAUGGUGGGGCUGCUGUGCGGUCGCAUCACCAAGCGAGUGACGAGAGAACUGAAGGACCGGUAGAGGGCGAGGGUCUGACGCUUCAGUAAAGACUCGCAUCGUCCCGUUUCUUCCUCUUCCUCCUCCUCCUUCUCCUCCUCCUCCUCUUGGCCUUUUCUCAGAUGCUCAGUCUGUAACCAGCCAAACCUGCACAGUGCCAACACCAGUGCCCACAUCUGGAUCCCCUCCUUGGUUUGAAGCUGUUCGGCCGCUGCCGCAUAUUUAUAUCGAAUGCAGAACAUUUUUCUCGUGGAAACUGUUGGAUCGUCGUUUGGGCCUCGCCACAAAUCAAGAAAGCACUGAUUGUUUCCUUUCUGCUCCUGCUCCUCACAUACAAAUCUACUUCUCCUGAGGACGUCAGCAACAUUUCUGAGGGCUGUUCCUGAUGUUUGGACAGCUCAGUGGAGCGUGAGUGACCGCGGCUGCCUGAAUCGCACAUGAAAAAAGUUCUGAAACAUUCCUGUUUCUUUGAAAAGCCUCUCGUCAUCAGUCAUGAAGUCCUGUCCUCUUCGCUCCCCGUGUCACCAGCUCACCUGGCAUGACGGUGAAGGUCAGGCUGGUCGCCAUCUUCAGGAACGUCGUGUGUGCAUGUUUCCUUUUGAAUCGUCAUUAAAAUGUGAAUUAAUUCAUUGCAGUUUAUAUUUUACGCCUUAUUUAUUGUCGAUUGACUGAUUUUGAUUUCAGAUAAAUCAUAAAGAAACGGAAUGUUUCAUGCGAGUGUUGGGAGACUUGAACGUUCAGCUUACAGCACUGGAGGGUAAAGGGGGAAGUUCCUUCAGGUUCUGGAUUGUUUUAUUUUUGACAAUGACCUGUUGAGCCUUUAUUUCCAUUCUGUUUUACAAACUAAUCCUGUGACAUAACAUGCAAAGGCCUGGUUUUCUUUGUUAUGUGAGGGAUCGAAGUCAUGAUGACCAACGCAGAGAGCAACGACAUAAAAACUGAGGAUUCUCUUUGCACAAGAUGUUCUAUUCUAACACAUUUCCAAUAACGUGUGUAGUAGUACUAUGCUAUAGCUGUGCCACCAUUAGAAAACCUGCCCCAAGCUGCUAAUUCAUCCAGACCGUUUGGCCUCUACUCUGCAGGGCUUUGUUCUAAAUUAGGAAAAUCCAUGAAAUGGUAAAAACAAACUUUACAACUGUAAAGAGACUUAAAACGAGUGAAAAGAAAACCAAAUUGACAACGCAGAAGAGCCACAAGUAAUCGUUUUUGAGUCUCAUUUUGUAUGUGAGAGUGGUGGAUGUCCAUCAUGAUCUUUCUACUGCUGUUGGCACGCCUGGAAUUUUACAUUAAUUGAUGUUUUUUGAUAAAGAGUAUUUAAAUAAUUUUGAUGUUUAUUUGGCUUUGGAAAAGCCAACAGAAGCCAAGAGCCACGGUAACAUGCGUGUCCCCCCUCAGUGCUCACAUUGCCUAAAUGUGACUCCUGGAACCACAGCUUGUUUGUUUGUUUGUAUUUAACAAAUCAGAUGUAAUUAUAACAUGAGCAUGGGAGGUGUUGGUACAUACAAACACUGCUGGGCUCUUCCCCCCUUGUGUUAAGCUUGGACUGGAGUAAGUUGAGCUUUGGAAACACAAGUGGGGAAAAAAAAAAUCCCUAUUGUGAAGUCGAGACAAACUGGAUUGACUGGAAUAUUCGGUUUAGUUUGAAUUUGGAUUCAGACGAAUCGAUUUGAAUAUAUGUAAACAUUUUACACGCUGAGUAGAAUUAAAAACUCACAACAUAAUAAACCUUGCACUGGCUUUGACAUCGAAACAAAUCCCCAUUCAUCACUUUUGAAUACCAGAGAGAGAAAAAGCACUCGCUCAGCAUUUUACAGUCGCACAGAUGACUUUAUAGAAACUGAAAAGAAUUAAAGAUUUAUUUAUUUUUUUUUUUAAAUCGAUGAAUAUUUAAUUUUUGCACUUUGACCUUCAUUUGCUGCCAUUAUUCUUUUUAUUAUUAUUUCUAAAAGGUGACAUCAACGUGCAUGAAUGAUUAAAAAUCAAGUCAAAUAGAAGGCGACAUAUCCAUGAUGUUUUCUGGGAUUUUGACAGUGAAAGUAUAUUUUCCCGAGCCAAUGCACCAGACGAACCUUUAAUAGAUUGUGUUUGCCGCUUCAAGCUCUUCUAAAGGAGUUCUUUGUUUCAGUGUGCGUUUCCGCUGAAGUCUGAUGUUGAAUCAGAGCAAAGAUCUUCCUCAGUUUUGCACUCGACUGUAUGCGUGUACAAACACAAUCAGUGUGCAGUUGUUUUUUUUUUUUUCAAAUAUAUUUUGCCAUGAGAUAUGAAGAUGCAACAGAAUUAUCGUGAGUUUUGAUUUUGCUGUAAAGAAAAUUUGUCAAUUUAAUAAAAAAAUGUCUGCAGA